AUGGACACUACAGCGGGCCCCGAUCGAAGGUCCAUGUCGUCGGCCUCUGAGACCGAACGCCCACCACUUCCUCCUCGACCCAGCGGGCUGAGUUUCAUGCACGAGCGUCCAUCGACCAGCCAUGCUUCUCGUCCGCCUACAUGGGGUCUCAUUGCGGGGGCUACAACGGCCUUGUCCAUGACAGAUGUCAAUGCCUACAACAGGCCCGACGGAUCGAAAGAGUUACGCAUGACACCUUCGCGCGCGCCCUCCAGCCCGUCCAUUCGCCCUGUCACAAGCACCAGGACGAGUGAAGCCGGAGAAGACAACUCGAGCGUCAGGAGCUUUGCACAAUUCGGUCGCCCGACGCAAGAAGUGGAGAGUAUAUUUGACGGAGAUCUACAUGAAGGACAGCACCUCUCUGCGUCGGUCGGCAGCUCCAAGGGAUUGUUCGAGGCCGACUCCGAUGAUGGCAUUCAUGACGAAGGCGACGUCGACUUCGGCAAGGAAUUCGACGAAGUGGACGAUAACGUCGUCGGCGAAGACGUGGCACAGAGCCUCUGGAAAUCCAAGCGCAAACAUUUCAUUAUCCUCUCCGCUGCCGGUAAGCCGAUAUACACACGGCACGGCUCCGACGCAGUAAUUUCAAGCUAUGUGGGCAUUAUCCAGACCAUCAUUUCUUCCUACUCCGAAGCGGAUGACGAGCUCAGAAGCUUCCAAGCGGACGGCGUUCUGUUCGUUAUCCUGUCGCGGACGAACCUGUUCCUCGUGGGAAUCACGAGUCUCCCGGAAAGCGAGGCCCAAGUACGGGUCCAGCUCGAAGCUCUAUACAUGCAGAUUUUGUCCACGUUGACACUACCGACCUUGACGCACAUCUUCUCCGUGCGCCCCUCCAGCGACCUUAGACGUCCCUUGCAAGGCACCGAAGUCCUGUUAUCGUCGCUAGCAGACAGCUUCACGCGAGGCUCGCCUUCCACGCUACUUUCCGCCCUCGAGUGCCUGAAGAUCCGCAAGUCCCACCGCAACAUCAUCAACAGCACGAUGAUCAAAGCCCGCGUGGACGAUCUGCUGUACGGUCUCGUGGUCGCGGGUGGCCGACUCGUCAGCGUGAUCCGCCCCAAGAAGCACUCCCUCCACCCGAGCGACCUGCAACUGAUCUUCAACAUGCUCUUCGAAGCCGAGGGCGUCAAAGCCGGCGGCGGCGAUUCGUGGAUCCCCGUGUGCCUCCCCGGCUUCAACAACACAGGCUACCUCUACAUGUACGUCAGCUUCCUGGACACGGGCGGCGAGAACGUGCGCGAAAUGGCCCAAGACGAACGCAUCGCCCAGGAAGACUCCGUGGCGAUCAUCCUGCUCAGCGCCAACAAGGAAGCCUUCGAGGACCUGCACAGCAUGAAGACGUACCUCGUGCACGAAUUCCGCCGCAACAAGAGCAUGCACAUCAUCCACGCGGCCGUGCAGGCCGGCCGCCCCCCCCCGACGGACAUCAUCGCCGGCACCGUCCUGCGGCACUUCCUGUACAAGUCCAAGGGCAACGUCCAGUUCUUCAUGCCCUCGUUCUCGCCCAACUUUGAGACCCUCAAGCAGCGCAGGCGCCUCAUGUCGCUUUACCACAACCUGCACGCCGGCGUGCACACGAAACACGCCGGCGUGAAGGUCUACCAUAGCGUCGGCGCCUCCGCGACGGCCCUCGCGUGGGUCACGCCCAUGUUCGAGCUGUACUGCGUGGCGGGGCCGACCGCGUCGAGAAAUGCCUUGUCUUCGAGCGCCAACAAGGUCGUGCAGUGGGUGCAGAGAGAGGAGGAGAGGAUCUUUCUGAUUGGCGGUGCGGUCUUUUGA